AUAAGUUCACAAGUCAUAAAUACGAAGCAAUGUCAACAUCUUCUCACAUGUACCCGAUGAGCAGCGGUCACGAUCAACACAGUUACAUCCAUAAUUCUUCAUACCAAAAAGCAGCUAUAAGUAGCGCUGUAGAAAAGACAAGACGAUGCAUCUUUGAAAAGCUCGACCUCCAACUAAGUUCUGAUUUUGGUACUUUUAGAAUUGCGGAUUUUGGAUGUUCUAUUGGACCGAACACGUUCCAUGUUGCUCAAAGUAUCAUUGAUACAGUGAAAUCCAAACGCUUGGAAGAAAGUACCGAAAAUAGCCUUGUGCCACUAGAGUUCCAAGUUUUCUUCAAUGAUCAACCCACCAAUGACUUCAACACACUCUUUAGAACCCAACCUCUUUCUCCAGAACGCGAAUAUUUCUCAGUCGGAGUUCCAGGCUCUUUCUAUGGUCGGGUGUUACCAAGAAACAGCAUCCACAUCGGACACACUUCAUACACGACUCACUGGCUCUCGAAAGUUCCUGAUAACGUAUGUGACAAGAAAUCUAUGGCUUGGAACAAAAAUUACAUUCAAUGUAAUAAUUUGUUGGAAGAAGUUACCAAGGCUUACAAGGUCCAGUUCAUAAAAGACAUGGAGAUUUUCCUUGAUGCUAGAGCGGAGGAACUUGUCCCUGGAGGACUAAUGAUUGUAAUAGGAGAAUGUUUGCCUGAUGGUGUGUCCUUGUAUGAGACAUGGCAGGGUUAUGUGAUGGACACCAUCGGUGAUUGUCUUAUGGAUAUGGCUAAAUCGGGAAUAACAAGCGAGGAAAAGAUCGAUUUAUUUAGUUUGCCAGUAUAUUUUCCUCAAUUUAGUGAAUUAAAGGGAGAGAUUGAGAAAAAUGGAAGCUUUACGAUUGAGCUGAUGGAGACCACAAGUCAUCCAUUGGAGGGUAAGCCAUUAACCAACGACUUCAUCACUUCCACGUUUCGAGCUUUUCUCACUACAAUCAUAGAAAAACAUUUUGGAGACGGUGUGGUUGAUGAGCUAUUCUAUCGACUUGCUAAAAAACUCUCCAAUCACCCAAUUGAUUUUGAAAUGCGGAAAAAGCAAGUGGUGUAUUGUAUAGUACUUAAACGAAAAUAAAUACAAUAAUGAUAUAAUGAAGAAGAAUCAUGAAAAAGUACAAUAAUGAUAUAAUGAUAUAAUGAAAAAGUAGCAUGAGACAGACUAUAUUGCUGGACAGGUUAUAUGACGGGACAGAUUUGAAUUAACAUUUAUUAUGUUUUUAAAUAUUAUUGACUUGUCGCUUUUAUAUGGGUUAAACCUUCAUUUUAUUAUUUUUAUUAACACCAUAAUUUUUAGACAUAUCGAAUCUGUCUAAUUUAAAUAAAAUUUUAUAAAAAUAAAGCUUUGUUUAAAAGGGUACUAUGUAAUAAAG